UGUUUGAAAAUUCACCGUUAGAAGGUCGGCAAAAAUGUCACUUUCAGUUGGCAGAAAGAUGGGGGAGCUUCUGCUGAACACCCCGAAAAGGAAGCAAUUACUCAAGGAUGGCCCACCGGUGCCCACUAGGUGCCAAAUUCUGGGACGUGGUGCCUAUGGCACGGUUUUCAAAGCUAUUUAUCGGGAUCGCUCUGUUGCUGUUAAGAUCAUUCGAGCCCAGGCGGCCUCAACUUUGCAUAAUGAAUCGCAUUUGCAAAACUUGGAGCACAGGAACAUAGUCCGCCUACUGAAACUGGAAUCCGCAGCAGAUUUCGGAUUGGUCAUCAUGGAAUGUCCCAGGGGACAAUGUUUGCAGAGGAUCGUAGACACCAUAGCUCUACCACUUGUCCAUAGGAUUGUAAUCACUUUGGAUGUGGUUGCCGCUCUGAGAUACUGUCAUUCCCAGAAUGUACUACAUCUGGAUGUAAAGCCAACCAAUAUAUUGGUUGACCUGGGAACAAGGUCCUCAGGGGUGGGCAAUGCACAUACGUUCAAACGUAGCUACAUCUGCAAGCUCUGUGACUUUGGCUCCUCCAUGGAGAUGGGCGAAUUUGGUGGCAGACAGCACCCGAUCAGAGCCAAUGGAACCCUGAGAUACAUGUCUCCAGAAGUGCUGCGAUCAGACUUUCUAUCCGAAGCCUCCGAUAUCUACUCCCUGGGCAUAACCAUGUGGCAGUUGCAAGCCCGCAAAUUGCCCUACCACGCACUCGAUUGCAAUGAGACCAUAGCCUACCAGGUGGUUAAGCACGAACUACGGCCGGAUAGCUAUCACCAGUUAAAGAUUCUAGCUUUGGACUCGCCCAGCGAUUGCAACUACGUCGGUGAAAACAUCUACAAAAGAACAAAUUCCUCUGGGCGUCGUAAUCUAAGCCUCGAUCCAUCUUACACCGCCGGCAGUGAUCUGAAAAAGAAACGCCGCCAGAAUCGAUUAGCACUCCACUUCGAUUGUCCGGCGCCAGAGGCGAGUGCGUGCCUCGAGAACGCUUACUCCAAACUAUACAAAAGCUGCUGGGUCAGCGCCCCGGAAUCACGUUUGAGUUCUUUCCAGCUGAAGCAUGAACUGGAGCUCAUUCUUGGCCGCACUACCACCUCCAGCACCAUUAGCACCACUUAGAUUUUAAGCGAUCGUGUUUGUUUGGAUUUUAUGUAAUUGAUUAGUAUAUAAACCUACAUAUUUAUGUAA